AUGGGCCACUUAACACAUGAUGAGUUCUUCAUCCAACUAGCCGACAUCUUCAACUCGCGCAAGACAAAAGGUCACGGCGCAGUCUAUCUCACCCAAAAGCGAUUAACACACAAUGAAACCCCAUCACCAUCCCCCCCCCCCACAAAAAAUGAGCCCAUUGCCAAAGAAGAAGACUCACUCGAGGACCUCGUCCCGCCCCUUCAACCCCUUCCCAUCCUAAUCCGCGCAACAAACGGCAAGGGCAAAGAAGACCGCUCCAACAAGGAAAAGAUCAAGCUCUCUACUAUUGUCCAGCCGGACGAACUCGAGGGGUUCUAUGCGCGGUACGCCGAGGCAUGCAAGAGCGGCAUGACGGCGUUGAAGCCGCGGGACCGGACCAAGCGGAAGAAGACCAAGGCGAGGAAGAGGAAGGGCGGUGCUGGGGCUGGGGUUGGCGCGGUUACUUCCUGAUCUUACGGCGUUGUACUCUGUGUCGCUGGUCUUUUCGGGCAUGGGCUGGGGACUUGGGAUGGUUGGCAUGGGAUGGGAUGGGAUGGUUUGUCUGUUUGGGCUGAGAUGGAUGUUCCAAAAAGAAACGCUUUGGCUAGCUAGGUACCUGAACCAGGUGGCAUGGUGGAUGCAUUGACGGUUGGACGAAAAAGGCUGCGGCGAUGGUCUUUGCUAAGGGUCGAGAAAUGGCAUGAAUU